GCGACACACCAUACUUGCGGUGUGUCAAACGGCUAUUGAGACGAAGGUACAGACAGCACGUUUUGAAUUUUGCCAGAAAUUGGUCGACACACGCAUUCGGUUGAAAAAAGUUUCUUUUUUUUAUUUGCCAAGCUGAAAGUAUAGAAGCAAAACAAUAUAAAAAAAAAACAAUAACCGGCCGUACCAACGCAAAAAGAUUGAGAACUGUACAUAAUUUUUUUAAUCUUGAUGUAUGUGAUGCCGUCAUUUGAUAUACUGAGUGUAUUGCUUUCACAUCAGUUUCAGUAAUAUAUCUAUCGAGAAGUUACGAUAUUUGGUUUGCAUUAAAUACGAAAUUGCUUCGGCGUAAAUCACAAAAAAAGAAUUGCAUUGAAAAUAUUCAACACCGUUCCGUGCAUGUAAGUUUAUUUAUAAACCCUUGUCGGUCCAUUCCAAUUCAUUGCCAGGUUGCAUGCGUUUUGAAUCAAAAGAUAUCAGUGAAAUUUGCGAAAUAGAAUCACGAUGAUGGCGUUUCUGAAUCAUUCCACUGAUUACAAGAAAGAAAAGGAGUUGUCAACAUCCAUGGUCGGAUUGACGGCUGAAACCCGGAAGAUUAUUGAUUAUAAGAGAAAAAGCAGUGCUGGUCUAGCACCACGUUUCAUAUUCGAAUGCGCCAUAAAAUUGAGCAUGAAACCAUUAACAUCGGCAACUGCCGCAAUCAUUUUCCAUCGUUUUUUCCGAGAAGUCGAAAGCGAUUCCUAUGACGAAUAUUUGAUUGCAUCCGCAUCAUUGUAUUUAGCCGGAAAAUUAAAAGAUGAUCAUGUAAAAAUUCGCGACGUCAUCAAUGUCACCCACAACACACUAAAUCGAGGAGCACUACCGCUCGAAUUGAACGAUGAAUAUUGGGCCAUUCGAGAUGCCAUCGUUCAAGCCGAACUUCUCAUCACACGCAUGCUGAAAUUUGACUUGAAUAUCGUACAUCCGCACAAAUACAUGCUGCACUACAUUAAAUCAUUGCAAGAAUGGUUCAGCUCAAGCGUAUGGAAUGCAUUACCCAUAGCCAAGACGGCUGCCGCUUGUUUACAAGAUUUCCAUCAUAGUCCAGCCAUUCUGGACUACAAGCCAUCGCACGUGGCCGUUUGUUGCUUGUCUAUCGCUUUUGAAACGUAUGGCGUUCAAGUACCGCUCACCGAUGACUUUGACGAAUCGACCGUUUGGUAUAAUAUUUUCUGUAAGGAUUUAACCAGUGAAAAGCAUUGGGAAAUAAUGUCCAAAAUUAUGGACGUCUACAAUACUGAGGCCGAACUCGAAGAAUCAGUGUAAAUAAUGGGAACAACAACCGCAACACCAACAAUAGCAACAAUCCCAUAAAUAAUCCAACACGUAUUUUGUAUUGAAAGUAUUUACAUCUAAGACAUGCUUUUUUUCAAUUGAAUUUAUCAUUGAAGAGAAAAUGUCGGGUUUUUUUUCUGUACCGGAAUUUUCCUUUUUUUUCUACUAUCAAAAUAUUAUUUGACUCUCAGUAAUUUUGUUUUCCACGUGUGGCUUGCGUUAUGAAAACUGGAAUGUGAUACGAAAAACGAGACAUUGUCGAAUUUACGACACUAUCGCGUAUAAGAUGAAAUGAAAAUUUAAAGAGAAAAACGACACAAACAUGUUGUACAAACGAAUCGAACUGAUUAAGCUAAUUGAAAUACAUAUUUUUUUUUGCCACGAAUCAAA